AUGGCUGCCAAUCUAGGCGACCAGCGUGCCUCGGAAUGGUGAUUGCAGCAGUUUAUUUUAACUUGGUCGGUGGGGUGUCAUUAAAGGAGGCAUUCGGGAUGGCCGAGUGGUUUUAAAAUGCAGAAGGCUGUCCACUGUACUUCUGGUAACCUGAUCUGCAUUUGCUUCCUCAUUCUAUGCUCAUAACAAUGUUGCUGUGUGGCUGGAAUAAUAAGCCAGCUUUUUCAGGCUGUAACACAAGCUGUUAUCUCUCAUAACCUAAAAGGGCUAGGAAUUUGUUGCUGUUAAAAGAUAUUAACUCACCAGAUGAGUGUGUCUAAGGAAAUAGGUUCGUUUCCAACGUUGAAAUUCCAUGUGGCUAAAAUUCAAACCCAGAGAAGAAUUUACCUUCUCUCUCUCCCCGCCCCAAUCUCAGGAGCACUAGGGAAGACCCCUGCUGGAUACCUCUGAGUGCCACUGGUAGUUAGCACUGAGCUUGAUGGGCCAGUGGUCUGGUUCAGUGUAAGCCUGUAUUAUAGGUUCAAGCAUCAGGUGGAGGAGCAAAUUGAGAUCAGUUUUUACGUGGCUGGAUAGGCUUGUGGAGGAAAGAAGAGGUACUGAUCAGAGCUCAAGAAGGGGCUAGGUCUCUCGUAGAUGAAAGCUUGCAGCUAUAACAGCUUUCUGGAUGAAGGUAAAGUCUGAUGUCUUGGCUCAAGAUUGAUGGCCCUGGUUCUGUAGAAUGAGAAAUCAAGUUUAAUCCCACAAAAUUAUGUGUCACAUAACAGGAAAUUUAAGUGAAACCCAAAUACUGUGUACCAAAUUUGUUGGCUAGCCAGUGCAGAAGAGAUGCAUCUAGCAUAGAUGUUUUGACAGAUUUUAUGGUAACUGCCUGCUAUCAUCUCAUAGGGGAAAUGUGGAUGUCUUAAGAGAUAGGACCAGUGGCCAGCUAUAACAGCAGUAGAGUUGUAUUGAGGACACAUGCCAAACUAAACAUGUUUUUGAGACUUUGGUCACUGAGAUCAUAAUUUCACCUUGUGACAUCAUAAUGGCAAUGAUUUCACAAGUCUGCUGGUCUUGCAGAGUUGACUAUAACAGGACAUUCAGGAGGAAGGAAAGUGAGACCAGAGUGUCAAAUGUAUAGUACUUACCUUUUUCAGGCCUCUGCUUUUCCAUUAGUCAUCAAAUGUGGGUGAGUGUUGCAUUUCCUCUGCAGAAAAUUGUCCCUGGGGCAAUAAAAAAAAAGCUUUGUUAUCAUUUUCAUUAAGUAAGGUUCUUUACGUUUUUGGGACAAGUUCUGUUCUUGAGUUGUUUGUGUUUUCUUUCCUUUUAAUCGGCAUUGUAACUAUUCUUGAGAACUUGGUUAUAGAGCAGCAUAUAAAUUCCUGUACUAAAUGAAUGUUUUUUUUUAAGUAUUUCUAGACUACUUUUUGUGCCUGUGGGCCUUCAGAGCAUCUAACAAAUUUAGAACUGAUUGAAAGUCAAAUGCAAACAAACAAACAAAUCAAACAAACCAACAGCAGAAAAGCUGGCUUAUUUUAUUCUACUUUGGAGACAAAGCUUGUCUCCCAAACUGUUGCUGGACUACAGCUUCCAUUGUCUCUUACUAUUGGUCAUGCUGGUUUAGACUGAUAGGAGUUGAAGUUCAGUAACAUCUGGAAGACCAUAGGUUAGCCACCCGCUUUCUAAAUGAAUAAAGAUCUAGUGGUGGUUUUGAGCAGAAAAAAACAACAUGGUUAAGGCAAGCUUCACAGCAACUUGCCCAGUUGCUAGGAUUACCAGUCGAAUAGUUGGUUGUUGUCUGUUGGCAACUAAUUAUUUGAUCACAGUCAGAUAAAGCCUAAGUUGGCACUAUGUAGGAAUCACCUUUUAUUAUUGUGUCACCUAUUAGCAAAGCCUGGGAGUGAGGCUUUAAUCUGCCAUACGUGUAGCCAUCUUCAAACAGGAACGUAGUCAUCACUGGCAAAGGUAGCACCCUUGGAUCACCAGUAAUUUCAACUUGUUUGUAGCAGAGACUAGUCUGCCUACUUUGUGUGAUUGGCUGUCUGCUCUGUCAAGCUCCUGUGUGAGAGAGGUCUAGAGUCUAGAAACUUGUUCACACUUAUUGUGGAACAAUAACCUAUUAACUCAUUUGUUUCUGUAAUUAGUAUAUAUGCCAACUUUAUGGACAACUUAAGGGUUUUUUUGUUCUAAUACAGUUAAUGUUUAAAAAAUAUAUGCCCAUUUUUUGCAAAUACUUCACCAAUCAGUUCACCCGGAUCUUUUUGGACUGAUCAAAUGUCCAGCCUUACUUUGGGGAGCAAGAGUGGUCUCAAGGGAACCAAGUAGAAGGACACAAAACCUGGUGUGCUUGUGCGUAGGCUACAAAUGGUCAACAUAGAAAUAUGAGAUUGCAGGCUAGUAGCUUUUAUGGAGCUCAUUUCAAGGUUGAGAGUUGUCCUGAAAAUAAACAAAACAAAGACUUUGCCUGAUCUUGCAUAGUGAUUAUUUACAAGUAAUCCUGGUUCAGAUUAGGAUAUAAAUUGUCUCAAAUCCGGGGGGGAGCGGGAGCACAAGGCUUUCAGAAGGGAGGAAGCAGAGGAAACAGCUGUCCUCCGGUGUCCGUUUUUUCUGCAUUUGCUGCUUCAGUUAUCAGUCCUUGAACUGGUCUGAUGUCACAAAGGGCCUCUAUUGGCCUUGUGAGUCAGCUACCUGGCUGCAUGUGGUGCCUUCUGUUGCCAGGGCCCUUUAGCUGCCGUUGAUUUGAAGGGGCUUAAGUCAGCCGUGGGACGCGGGUGGCGCUGUGGGUAAAACCUCAUUGCCUAGAACUUGCCGAUCGCAUGGUCAGCGGUUCGAAUCCCCGCGGCGGGGUGAGCUCCCGUCUUUCGGUCCCAGCUCCUGCCCACCUAGCAGUUCAAAAGCACCCCUAAGUGCAAGUAGAUAAAUAGGUACCGCUUUAUAGCGGGAGGUAAACGGCGUUUCUGUGUGCUGCGCUGGUGAUGGCUUGCCAGAGCAGCUUCGUCACGCUGGCCACGUGACCCGGAAGUGUCUUCGGACAGCGCUGGCUCCCGGCCUCUUAAGUGAGAUGAGCGCACAACCCUAGAGUCGUACCACGACUGGCCCGUACGGGCAGGGGUACCUUUACCUUGUAAGUCAGCCUUGGUCUAAAUUAGUGAGAGUUUUGAACACAAAAGGGGAGCCUUUUUAUCCUCCAUAUAUGGGCCACAACUACUGUCAUCCUUAACUAUUGGCUAUGCUGGCUGGGGCUGGUGGGAAUUGGGAGUUUGACAACAAAUGGAGUGCCACAGGUUCCCCCAUCCCGGAUUUAGAAGGCCUUAAACUUCAGUGUUGACGCUUCUGAUGGGUGGCAGUGUGCCAUGAGCAUCCUGGUCACACCUUCUGGAUGCUGAUCAAUUGAAUGGUUUCAGAUGCUUUAGCUGGAACGGAAUAGCUUAUAAGGUAGUCCUGUGACAUGAACCUAGUACAAUUUACUUAUGUGAGACUCUCUAGCUGUGAAUAUUGAGAGGAUUUGGAUCUGGGUUCAAAUGAUACUGGCUCACUGGGUCGCCUUGAGCGUUCAGUCCUGUAAAUUCAGAAGAAUGAUCAAGGAAUGGCAAACAGAAACUGAAAACACUGCUCAAUUAAAUGUUUUAAUAAUAAUAAUAGGCUGUGUAAUAACUGAGCCUGGAAUUCACUAAUCUUUCAUCCCAAUAUGUCACCUUGUAGGGCUCCCCAGUACAAUCUGGGCAACGGGAGCAGCAGAGAGAAUGGAAUGGAAGGCCCCAUGCAUGAGAACCCCGAAUGGGAGAAGGCCCGUCAAGCACUAGCUAGCAUUAGUAAGGCCAGUGCUGCUGCUGCCUCUGGCAAUAACAAAGGUGCCACCAAUGGACAGGCUAAUGCACAGGUAAGAAGGUUUAAUAUUUCUUCAGCUGCCUGGAAAGGCAUCUUGGAGUAAUCCAAGAGGUUGCACAAUUCUUUGCCAGUUUUCAUAGUGUGCAAGUCUGCUUUUGACAAACCUUUGGAAAUGUAAUCUUAACUUGCUAGCUGGAACUCUGCUCAGAAGCCAAAGGGGAGGCUUUGGCCAAGGCUCCAUAGCCUAAAGCAUACAGUAACUGCAUGGAAAUGAGCAUGAAUGCUAUGAGCGUUUUGUUGGCAUGUCUUCCAUAGUGUGAAGAACAGAUUCUUCUUGAUUUGGGGAGGAUGUAGACUAGGCCAGGAGCCUCAGCUUUCUGUGACAGAUUUGGUGUCUGCAUUAUUGGGACUUUGGAUGCCUGGGUAGCAUGAUUGUAUUACUGAACAGACAGACAGACACACAACCAAAUCUGUCAUUCUGAAACUAAAGUAGUAAGAUCCUGGAGUGAUUGGACAGCUAGCCUAGCUCCUAUUUCAACAAGGUCAAACAAAUUCGUGAGCAUCCUUUUAUGAUAUAUAUUUUUGCUCUUUUCUUCUAUAGUAUGCAGCCCAACAAGGAGAAUCCUUGCAGCAGCAACAACAGCAACAGCAACAGCAACAGCAGCAAUACUACCAGUGGUACCAGCAGUACAACUACCUCUACCCCUAUAAUUACUAUUACCCUAUGGUAAGUAACAGCAGCUGGCCAGCCUCCUAAGCUCCCUCCCAGAACGCCUGCUCAUCGUAACUCCAUUUCUUUAGUUGAGAGACAUCUUCAGCAAGGAUCCUAGAAUUUCGGAAUGGUGGGGGGGCAGGAAGGGAAGGCAGUUCCCACCACAUCAGUUGGGCUUCACCUAUGCCCUCCCUCCAUCCUGUACCAAAUCAACAGGGUAAUUGCAAAGCAAACUGCGGAGAAGGUGUGCCACAGAAGCAUAACUUGCUGCUGGAGCUGUUUAUUUCUGCGGUUCAAAGCAAUAUCGAAGCAAAGAGGUCUUUGGAUGUCAACAUGGAUAGAAAGCUUGUUGAGUGAAACCCUUUGGUUCUGGAGGGCAGGAAAGGCAGGGCAAGAAAAAAAGCCCUCUGUUCAGUCAAGUGAGAUUAUGGCCACCACUAUGAACUGCCGUAUAGAAGGCAUGGGGAAGUGGCCAACUUUUAUAUUGCAUGUGAAGUACCUUCUUAUGUUGAAUAUGUCUCUUCUGAUAUGAUUCCAUGGUUUGCCCUCCCACAGAAUGUCUACCCUGGGUAUGGCUCUCCUGGACAAUAUGGUGUUCCAGGUUCUUACUCUUCCUCAGCAUCCCAGCAACCACCAGUUCCUGGACAGCAUCAGGGAAACAUGAACCAGGUAAUGGAUACCUAAACUCUAUUUAAUUUUUUACACUUGCAAUUAGAUGUCAAAAAUUGAUUUUACAGAACAUUUUAUUAAACAAAAUUUACAAAAUCUUGCCAGAAAAACUUGCAUUUUUUUUAUAAGCCAGGCAACACUAGAAAGGACAGAUAAAAAUUUAAUUUCUAAGUAAUUUCUCCAAAUACUGUCUUAUCUCUUAAUGUAAAGAGCUAUUUUAGCUGACGAGGGCUUGGUGGAUUACAGAAAGGCUGUUGGAUGAUCUGUUCUUUCGCUGCCAAUAGUAAACAGCUUCUCUGGAAAAGAGGGUGUUGCCUGUAUUAAAGGCAGCAGGAGGAAAUGAGCUUUAAUUCUUUGCCUUCCCAUAUGUCUAGCCAAACUUGUCUGACUCAGCCAAAUUCUUUUGGGUGUGAUGCUACCAUGGAUGUGGGCAAGGCCAGCUCUGUAUUGUGCUGUGCAGUUUGACAGUAUGACUUGGGUUUUUUGGCGUUUCAAAUUCUUGCUUCAGAAGUUUGCGGUGAUGGUAGUUAAUGACUGGAGUGUGAUGCAAAAGAAAUACAGCACAUAGAAACAUAUCUGCGCAGCCAGGGGCUCAAAACAGAUUCUGACUUUCCUUCCCAGUUCUGAGAGGGGAUGGAAAAAGGGAGGCCGGGGUUCUAGGUUUUCAGGCAGAAGUGUGAAGCCAUGGUGUAUUUGACUCCUGCCUGAUUUGAGGCCUUGCACACUUAAUGUUUACUGUCCAUGAAUGUGGCUUCCAGAGAUGGUGAUGGUGCCAAUCGCCUUCCUUUUUCUCUCAGCCUCCAGUCCCAGGUAUGGAAGAUGGAGGGAUGUCCUACCCAGGCCAACAGCAACAGAUGCAAGUCCCCAAUCCCCCGCAGUCCCCUAUGCAACAUCCCAGCCAUCCUUCACAACAUAGCAACCAUCCCAUGGGCUCUGGGGGGCAGCAGCAACAGGGGGGGCCUCCUGGAGGGCCGCACUGCCAGCAAAACCAGUCUUCAAACCAGUACAACCAGCAGCAGCAUUCCUACCAGGAUGCCGCCAAGCCCAAGAAAGGACACCAGCUGUGGAACCGCAUGAAACGUGAGUUUCUAAGGGCCAGGGCAGUAACAGCAGCAGCAAACAUGGUGCCCUGCAGAUGCUUUGGAAGGCUGCUUCCACCAUCCCAGACCCCUGGCUCCACUAAGUGGGGCUGACAGAAGUUCUGGUCCACAUCUUUUAGAGUGUUCAUGGCAACCCCUGCACUAGAGGGGGGGAAAACACGUAUCACCAGACUCACAUCAUAGGUUGAGGGAAGAGAGGAUGCUGCAGACAUGUGGGUGCUGACCUCCUCCUCUUUGCUGGGUGGUGGGUGCCCCUUAUGGAAAAGCCUAACAAAAGCUAAGAAAGUCAAGCCUUGUCAAUUGCUUGAAAUGGUACUAGAAGCCACUGAAUCCAGCCAAGAAUUGUGAACUGUUGAUACCAUUUUAGUAAAGUUUUAAUAUAUGGGCUUGGACUCUUGAGAAACACAAACAGCUUCUUUUCUGCGUGCAUGCAUAUCGUUACAUACCACCUUUCCUUCAAGGAGCUGAGAGUGAUGAAAAUGGUUCUCUCUCUUCCUGUUUUCCCCCCUCAAAGCAACCCUGUGAGAUAGGUUAGGCUGAAAGACGGUGACUGGCCCAAGGUCACCCAGUGAUCUUCAUAGGGAUUUGAAUCUAGGCUGUCUCCUGUCCUUAUUCCAACACUUUUUUAACCACUACAGCACACUGGUUCACGUCCAGUGUGGAUUUCCUACUGCAGCCCCUUGAAUCCUCCAAAAAGCUGCUCUUUAGAGUUGGGAGCCUUCUAGACCCUCAUGGUUAGUGACAUGAGGGAGCUUAGAGGGGAGAAUCAGCAAGAUAGGAAACCCCCUUGGGCAAGUUGAAGCGCUUCCCAGUAACCCAAAAAGCUCAUUGGAUCAACAUUGAGAUAGUUGCACUUAGGUGUUUGAUGCAAUAAGUUAGCUGUGUCUUUACUCUUGUCUCACUGAUUUCAAUGGGAAGGAGAUUUCUUUUUUUUUAUAAAAGACCUAGCACCCAGUCCUGACUAGUUGGGAGUGCUUACUGCAUUUCCAAAUAGUUAAAAUACUCCUUUAUUGCUGUGCUUUCACUCAAAGGAACUGCUGUUUCUCUCUAGUUUUACAGAGACGAAUGGUACCACUUACUGUCUGUGGCCACAGUAACUAAUAAGAGUCUCCCUUAUGGCAUUUUAAGUCUGUGCCUGGAGGAGGCUGAAAGCCAAAUUCCAAAAAAGAAUCACCACAAAACCCCUCUCUUUCCCAACAGAAGCACCUGGGUCUGGUGGUCUGAAAUUCAACUUACCAAAACGCCCCUUUGUGGUAACAAAUCAGAACUUCAACUCCUCAGAGCAACAGCAGCAACAACAACAACAACAACACAGCAACUUUGGUUCCCAGCAGAAUUCUGAGAAACGCCACAAUCACAGGUGUGCAUAAGUUCCUCAGUUUUUCAUUAUUUAUGUUUGGGUGGUAGGCUCUCACACUUCUAGUAAGGGGAAGGAAACUGGGAUGGUGGCAAGCAAAUCUCUAGGUUGCAGAAAUCCCCUUGCCUGUGGCUCUGCUUUCGGGGGGGGGGGGGUUAGUGUCAGUGAUUGUUCCAUAUUCCUGGGAAUACUUCAUUUUCAUUUUUGUACGUUUAAUAAUAAUAAUAAUUUUUAUUUAUACCCCGCCCUCCCCAGCCAAGGCCGGGCUCAGGGCGGCUAACACGUUUCUAGCCUUCUAGUUCUAGGAAGAGGCUGGAAAGCACCUGGUUGCUUGGUUUCAGUGUAGGGUUUCUGGGAGCAAAAAUUCUUGCUGCCACUAUAAUUAAGAUUGUGCCCUGCUGAGUUUCUUGUAAGCCAAGGUUUCUGAUUCAGAACAGCAGCUGAUGUUCAGCCUGUAGAAAUGAAGCACCUUACUUACUUUGUACCUGUUCACUUCAAUCCAGCCCAGAUUAUUAAAUAUACCAGUGAUUUCCACAUCAUGGUCAUAUCUGGUCCCCAUUUCACCAACUAGGAUGCCAUUAUGCUAGGAGGGAAGCCUGGGAGCAGUGCUGCCUUUUGCUUGGCUAUCGCUGCUCUUGGACUUUUACUAUAGUGUCUCACUCUCAAAUCCCUAAAGUUCUCACAGCACAGAGGUGUACGUGCAAAGAUGGGAAUCUCUGGUCCGCAGCCUGAAUGCAGCCCACUAAGCCUCUCAUUCUGGCUUGCUGUACUUUCUCCCCACGCCCUGCCCCUCAUUGAGCCUACUUCUGUCCUUCCUUGAGAGCCCCAACUAAGUUCUAGCUGCCACUCCCUCCUUCCUCAUUGAGAAGCACUCCAGGCAUGCUCUGUAGCCAGGUGUUCUUUGCAGCUAGCUAGCACCUUUCAGUACUAAAUGAGAAGAUUGCUUAAAGGCUUUUUGUGUUUCAUUGCUGAAGCCUCUAAAACAUUCAUUUCUUUCUGGAGGUUGGUCCAUCUCCAGCUGAUGCAUUCAUAGGAAGAUGUGGCCUUCAAACUGUUGGUGAGAUAGUGUUGAAAGAGCUAAGUUCAGUGAAUUUCAAAACGAGUUUGGCUCAGAAGAAAUUACCAUGCAAUAUAGAUUAGUCUCUUUCAUAAAAACUUUGGACCGUGUUGGUAACGCUUCAGAGAGGCCAUACCCUGAAGAGUGGCAUGAGUCUUGGUGAGGGGUUUCUUUCUGAAUGCUGUUUGCUGCUAUGUUUGCCAGCCUAACACAGUUAGACGUAGUCUGAAGGUAUAUAAUAAAUAAGAUGGUGUUUUCCCAAAACUUUUGCUUUUUCUCUGCUUCCUACUUAAACAUGGCAAAAGCCUUCAAAGUGUACUGAAGGCCUAAAUAAAGGGCUUAGCAUGACUGAGAAUAUGUUACUGAAACCUUGAAAUAUAAAUAAAAUUUUCCUUGCAGUUCUUCAACGGGGAAGCCAGAAGACUGGCCACCAGACAUGAAGGAGUACGUCCAACGCUGCUUCACUGCCUGCGAGUCGGAAGAGGACAAGGACCGCACUGAGAAGCUGCUCAAGGAAGUUCUACAAGCCAGGCUGCAAGAUGGCACUGCCUAUACAAUUGACUGGAGCAGAGAGCCACUUCCAGGGUAAGUAGCUGCAAGGCCAGGCGUGUUACAUAAGAUUUCUGAUUUCAGACUUGGGAGCACUGAUCUUAGUUGUUGCUAGUUUUGCUGUCCCUGCUAUUCUGAGUGAGAUCCAGGGCGUUUGGAGAGAGGCAUGUUGGGGGCCAUGGUUUUUCAUGGCAGAUUUUCCUUGAAAGGUGCAUGUGGGUAAAUACUUGAUUGCAUCCAGAGCACUUAUCAGUCCCAUGCUUUCUCUGCAGCUUGGGCCGAGACAGCAUGGCUGAAAGUCCCAAGAAGAAACAGCAGCGCUGGGAGGUGUCUUCUCUCCACUCACCACGGAACUCCAUGCAGUCCAGCCUUUCCCAGCAGCAGCAACAGCAGGUGCAGCAACAGCAGCGAAGUGGUGGUGGCAACUCUCAGCCACAGCGUGGAGGAGGUGGAGGGGGAACGGGGGCUGGUCGGACUCGCGGAAAUGGCUUUCCCACCAAGUUCGGAAACCGCAAUGUCUUCAUGAAGGAUAACAGUUCAUCCUCAAGUGUUGAUUCACGUUCCAGGUCACGUUCCUCGUCACGGUCUCCCAGCCGCCACUUCCGACGGAGGUAAGUAAAAGAAGCAAAAUGGGAACAGAGACUGUUUCUUGGGCUCUCCCUAGAGAGCCAGUGUGGUGUAGUGGUUAAGAGCAGUAGUCUUGCAAUCUGGGGAACCGGGUUCGCAUCUCCGCUCCUCCACAUGCAGCUGCUGGGUGACCUUGGGCUAGUCACACUUCUCUGAAGUCUCUCAGCCCCACUCACCUCACAGAGUGUUGUGGGGAAGGAAGGGAAACGAGAAUGUUAGCCGCUUUGAGACUCCUUCGGGUAGUGAUAAAACGGGAUAUCAAAUCCAAACUCUUCUUAGCUUGCACCAGGUCAUUAAGGGGUGUGUUGAUUAAGUGGCAUAUACAACAGAAUUGUAUUCGGUGUAAGAGCUAGAAAAUUUAAAAGGAAAAUUAGCUGGGCUAAUUUGUAAACCAGGUUAUUUUAUGAUUGUACAAACAGCCUUAAGGUUCGCAAGAGCUAGUGGGGCAGGUGUAACACGAAGCUGAUUACAAUUUAGGACCUUGUCUUGCAUAGAAGAGUUAAGAGACGAAACACUUUAACUUUCCUUCUCCCUCUCUCAAAAUAGUGAUUCUGAUUCAGACAGUUCCUAUUCAGGCACUGAGUGUCGCUUGGGUGGCCGCAGGAACACCCAGAAGAACCGGGGUCGCGGAGGCCACAUGGAACGAGGCCGGAUGAGAGCUCAGCGGGGGAAAAGGUAGGUUGGCAAACCAAAGUUCAACAUAUUCAUUGGCUUCUUGCAUGUGGUUUUUAGAUUAGUGAGUGAAAGACCAUGAGAGCAGGAGCAGCUGUGAGGGGUUGCUAUGUUCUGUCUGAUCCACAGAGGACCUGGGUAUUUCCCAUGAAUAGCAUUUCCUUCCUCAGGGGUGACCCUUUCAUUUUGGUCUCUGCAGGCAUGAUCAGGGCCCUUCCAAGCGCAACCGGAAGCGCAACACCAUGGACUAUGAAGAUCCUGAGAAAGAGUUCAAGAAGGAGCGGCGGGCAGCCCGCUUCCAGCAUGCGAGCCUUUUCAAAAAACUGCGCCUGGAGCCCCUCAUUUUGCAGAUCAAUAGCCUUGACAGCACUGGCUCUGAUGGACUCGACUGGAACGAACUGAAAAUUGUGGGCACCUGCCAGGAGAUCACCAAACAUUACCUGCGUCUCACUUGUGCACCGGACCCCUCUACUGUCCGGCCUGUGUCUGUGAGUAACCCUAGGCAGUGGAGUCUUCUCCAAGAACUUACCUUGUGCCUUCCUGCUGUUCCACCUGGACAUAUUACCUUUCUGUGUUCGCUUAUGGGCAACGGCCACUGAUAGAAAGAUAAGGGGCAGCUGUUGUGCCUGCAGAAGCUUUUCCUGGUGCUCACAGGGGCUCCUCCCCUUCCUAAAAUUAGGCUUGGAAGAAGCAUGCUGGCCUGGGAAUGGGGGGAACCCUGUAUUAAAACUCAGUGGUGCCAGGUGCUGCAGCCUUGUUAGCAAUAGCCAUUGCUUUCUCACUCAGCCACCACUCAGCAUCCUACCCGCUCCUAUUCCAAAGGUGUUUCUCCAAGGCUGAGCAGCUUUGUCAGCUAAUGCUUGGCAGAAGUCUCUUUAACUUAACCUUUUAUUUUAUAUUUCUCCCAGGUGCUUAAAAAAUCAUUGACCAUGGUGAAAUCUCACUGGAAAGAGAAGCAAGAUUAUGCAUAUGCUUGUGAACAGAUGAAAUCCAUACGGCAAGAUCUCACUGUAAGCUUUCCUGAGGCACUGAAUGGCAAGAGUUGGUGAGGGUGGAGGGUUUUGCCAUGUCUGUAAUAGACUUGUCUCUACAAGAGGUCUUCAUCUAUUGACUUGCUUCUUGCCAACAGAACUUGUAAUUACCAGUUAUUUUGGCAAGGGAAUUGAUGCAUUUGAAUUCUCCAUAACGGGUGCCAUGUCUCCUGAUUAGUACAUGUGUAUUUGUAGGUUUUUUGUGGGGGGUUUUUUUGGUGCAAGCAUGAAACCUGGUACCGAAUACAGUUUGGUGUCCUGAGAUUCUGCUUCUCUUUUUUAUAAAACUGGAUCUGGAAGUGCUGGCAAUGAAAUUUUUAGUGAAAUUAUCAGAAACCAGAGGUGGAAAGAGCAGCUUUCUGCAAAUAGCUGGACUGUUGCUUGGGCCUUGGAAGUGUGCAAUUUAUGCAAGUCACAGAGGUCAACCCAGUUCUGUGCAAGACAAGCUGUGUUUCUGCAGUUCAAUGUUUAUGAGUGUUUCCCUGGUUCUGUACUUGGCCGUACCUUUACUUGUGUAAGGAGCACUUAAAUUAGGCAACUUUUUGUGUUCCUAUGGCUUUUAAGACAUGUGCCCUUUGUGAACUGCUGUGUUACUUUAUGGGUUGAGCAGCUCUGACAUAGGUGGAGCAACAGCUAAUAGCAAUUUAUUCAUGUUAGCCUUCUGCCAUAGGCUGUUUUCUCGUUAUUAAGUACUAAGAAAGGAAACACCUGUUUGAAGCUAUGUGAACAGCCAAGGUAAACUCCGAAUGCCACUCUGGAAGCCCCCCGAGGUGACACAGGCCUGCCGCUUUCUAUAAUCAUGUGGGAGCUGCUUUCACCAAAGGGCCUUGCGUCACCUCUAGAGCUUCCACAGGAGCAGGUGGCAUCAAUAGUACAGUAAAGCUAGUCCAAAAAGGUCCAACUUUUUUUUUUUUAAAUGUAGCUUUUGUAGCUUUCCAAGUUCUAACUUGGGUUGAUGGUUACUUUUGGGGGCAGGCAGCGAAGGAGAUAAAUUAUUUGGGGGAGCCGUAUUAGAGUUGUCAGCAGGAGGUACUGUAACACAAGAUAAAAGCUUUUAGAAAAGUUUUUUAAAAUGCAAGUUUCAUACGAUGCAGCAGGUUUAAAGGCUAUUUUUAAUGUAGGGUUUGGUACACCUUGGUCUUCUGCUGCUUGUGGCACAGAUGAUCUAUAUUAUCUUUCGAGUUGUGUUAAAAUAACUGGGCUUUCGAGCUGGCUUGCUUCAUUUGAGUUAUCGGAACACUUUUAUGCUUCUGAUUUGGUUACUGCCCGUAUCCGUAAAUCAAGCAAGAACAAGGAAGGGACGAUCAGGUUGGCAUCAAUGCCUUGUAGAAACUUCUAUUUGCCAAGGGGCGGUGUUAGGAGAGCAUUUUAUCUAUGGCCAACAAAGUCUCUCCACCCAUUGCAGGAGGCUGCAACAUGUCUCCUAAAUUUGAUAGCUUCAGAAGCAGCCUGCACUUCAUUUAUCCACGUAUAUUCCAAACCUUCCUUUCACUGUGGGAAAACAGAAAGGAAUUCAGCCUUUAAUGAAUAUAUAAAUACUUACUGUCCUAUAACUGCUUGCUAACCCUCUCUCUUGCCCUGCUUAGGUUCAGGGAAUUCGUACAGAAUUCACUGUGGAGGUCUAUGAAACCCAUGCCAGGAUAGCACUGGAGAAGGUAAGAGCCAAUGGGAUGUCACAGCUAGAACGGGGGAGAUCCAGGUUCAGAUCCUUCCUUGGUCAUGAAGCUCACUGGGUUAUCUUAGGCCAACCACCGUCUUGUAGCCUAGCCUACCUCACAUGGUUGCUAUGAGGAAAAAAGGUGGGAGAACCAUGUACAUAACCUUUAGGUCAAAGCAAUCACCCAACCCAGAACUAAUUAGCUUCAACAAGAUGGCUUCAUGGCAUUUCUUCAAACCAUGUCCCAGGAAAUGUGUUGCUUGCCCUUCUCAGUAAAGAAGAGCUUUAGUGGCUACCACCCUUUGUCAGAUGCACCAAGGUAUUCUCAAACUGGAGAAUCCUUGCUUUUCCCUUUGCAUUUUAGUAAGGAAAAAAAAUCAGUGUAUGUCACUUUGUAACCAUGGAGAACUUUAUAAAUCUGCCUGUAGUUUCUUGCACCUAUUUAAAAACAAGAAGAUGCCUUGGGGAAGGACAUAGGUGCCUUGUUCUCCUAGUUAAUGUGUUGCCAGCUUAGUGCUCAUGAUUACACAUGUAUCCUCAGAGACCUUCUCUGGCCCCCACAGGGUCCUAUCCUCUGCUCCCUCACCCCAAAAUCAGGUUUGAAAGAAUCCUUAGUGAGCCAAUAGAAGCCUUUUUCACAUAGAAUUGUGGGUCAGGGGGCAGGUGGAGGUUUACAGCUGGGGAGAGGAGAAAUGUUGUGCAGGUGGGGUGCCCAUGGCAGUCUCCAGUUUGCAGGUGUGCCCAAGAUCCCCAAAACAUUAUAACCCCUGGUCUAUCCUCUACCAUUUUCCUAUCUCCUUCACCUAUCACAUACUGAUUGUUUCCCAGUUUGUUUCAUAAAAUAUUAGUAAACUGAAUUAUAUCUAGAACUUGCUGUAUGCAGAACUUGAGGGAGGGAGGUGCAGGUGUGUCAGAGUUCCCAACUCAGGUAGCCCUUGUGGCACAAAGAGUUUCUCUCUCUUACACUAGCCAGAUGAGAGAACCUGUGAGGAUUAAGGGUCCAUUCACACAUUACACUGGAGGAGGGCGGUGCUAAUUCAGGGAAGGCACAGAGCCUUUCUGGCUUGGUGAAGGGAGCACACGACUGCCAAGUUUGUAUCUGGCUCUAGGAGCGGGAGGGGUGUGUGGCAACUUGAAACAGUUCCAUAAUAAUGGGAGUAUCUUCUCUAGGGUGAUCAUGAGGAGUUCAACCAGUGCCAGACACAGCUGAAGUCACUCUAUGCGGAGAACCUCCCUGGGAAUGUUGGAGAAUUCACUGCUUACCGCAUCCUCUAUUACAUUUUCACAAAAAACUCAGGGGGUGAGUGCUGGGGCUGGGGAAGGGAGGUGUGCAUGGGUGGAGAGGAAGACCUGUAUGGUCAUAGCUUAAUCUGAAUUGACCCUGCAGCAGUUUUGUGGUGAGGCUGCCCAUGUUACUUGUUAAUUGCAAUUAGAAAACCAAUUCCUGUGCUUUGCUGUUUAGCACAUUUUUCUUGAAGGGAAGGGGAUGCAGGAGUCUCUGGUAGUUCAAGGCUAGUCUGCCGAGUUUCUCUGGCACUUGGGGAUCCCGUUUUUGUGGCAUUUUGCCCGUGGCAUUUGUGUCCUUGUAGCCACUAUGCCUGUAGGCAGAAGAUGCAGUCACUACACAUUGGACUGUAGUGUGAGACCCAUAAAGAAUUCCCAGCCCCCGCGCCUCUCUUUCCCACAGCCUGCCCCUGCAAAGGCUAGUGUUCUAUGCCAGUCCUAGAAGGAUGUCAAGCAUAUUGCUUUCAAAAGACUGUAAAGUAGAUAAAGGCUCCAGACUAUAGAGAAAGAAGAGCUUAAAUUCUUGACCAACUGUGUUAAUAGACUGUGCCAAGCCAAGCAAGCUUAAAUGUAGGCAUAAAUGCACUUACCUCUGUAAAACAAGAAAAUCCUUAAUAAAAUAUUAAAAAAAAAAAAAGAUAAUGGGCAUUUGAGAGCAAGCAAAUGGGGGCGGGGAAGGUUAUAGCAUGAGAAUGAGUCUUGAUGACUCUGUUUUCUUCCCUCCAGACAUCACUACAGAGCUGGCGUAUUUGACGAAAGAGAUGAAAGCGGACCCCUGUGUGGCACAUGCGCUCGCCUUGCGGGCUGCCUGGGCCCUGUCCAAUUACCACCGCUUCUUCUGCCUGUACCGCCAGGCACCCUGCAUGUCCGGCUACCUCAUUGACAAGUUUGCUGAGCGAGAGAGGAAAACGGCCCUCAAAGCCAUGAUCAAAACGUAUGUGAAGUCAAACCAGACACUCCUGGGGUCAGGGCUGGGAAGAUGACUCACACUUGCACCCUUCUCCUGCCUCUCCCCUCUGCCCCAACUCCCUUGUGGAGCAAAGAGGGAGACUUAAGUCCCCUGUAGCUAGAGGCGGGUAAAAGGGGGUUGUGUUUCUGCAACUGUAGCUUAGAGGGCCAUGUCCUUCACAGGUAAGUAGGAAGAUGGCUUACGCCACUAUUGAUCCCUUGGGUUUUAAAUAGCAGUUUGGCUGUGAAACUGGGACCAGGUUGAGGACCCACCAGGGCUGUUUGGAUUCACUUAAGAAACAUAAACUUAACAGCUGAAGGAAGUACUCGUCUUAUUUUUACUUGAUUCAGGAAAUACAGCAUUCAGAUUUUAUUUGGGCACAAGAAGCAAUAAAUAGCCGUUGCCCCAGACAAAAAAACAAAAUUGGUGUAUGGGAAAGAAAUAAUAAUUACAGGAGCAAAACUGUGAGAUUUAAUUUUGUUGCUGCUGCUUCAUCCCAUACUUGAAGAGGGUUGGAGGCAGGGUAAGGAAUAGUGCCUGCCCUGGUUCAGAUAAAGAGAGCUGCACAAGAAGGCAGCCGCUUGCAUAGCUAUCAUUGUUGGAACUGGAAACUCUGGUCCUUACUUGGAUGUGCAUCUGAGCAUGGAUGCCAACAAUCUACACACUGUUGCUUUGAGUGGGAUGCAGCCUUAUUGCAUCCUGAUAGGAAAGAAAAUCCGAGUGUGCAUUGCACUGAAAAAGGGGCUUGCAUAGAUGGGUGGUAUCUGUGUUCACAUACGCUUUGCAUGCUCCUUCAGUUUACACCACAAGCCUUUAAAGUGCCAGGGGGGUCUCUGUCUACAGGGAAUUAAUUAAAUGGUUGUCAGGUCCAAAAGCUUACAAAGCACUGUGGUAAUUAGUGGCAGUGGUAACUGCCCAUUAGUCCAGAAGUGGCGCUGUGGUCUAAACCACUGAGCCUAGGGCUUGCCAAUCAGAAGGUUGGUGGUUCGAAUCCCCGCUACGGGGUGAGCGCCCAUUGUUCAGUCCCUUCUCCUGCCAACCUAGCAGUUCGAAAGCACGUCAAAGUGCCAGUAGAUAAAUAGGUACCGCUCCGGCGGGAAAUUAAACAGCGUUUCUGUGUGCUGCUCUGGUUCGCCAGAAGCAGCUUAGUCCUGCUGGCCACAUGACCCCGAAGCUGUCUGCAGACAAACGCCAGCUCCCUCGGCCUAUAGAGCGAGAGGAGUGCUGCAACCUCAAGAGUCGUCUGCGACUGGACCUAACGGUCAGGGGUACCUUUACCUUUACCCAAAAGAUAGGAAGCAAAAAUAAAUGGAGGACUUACAAGGUGGCCGUGCCUAGUAAAAGAUGCUAAGAGGGCAAGAAUGCAGUGCAGCACUUGAGGGUAGAGCAGUUGCUUUGUCCUUAUAUAUAUUUUUAGGGAAUUGAAGGAGCAAAUUUUAAUUAUGUGCAAGGUUGUGAACGACUAAUAGGAUUCCUUAGAACAGCAAGUUAGUAUGUUUUGUCAUAGCAUACUCUUUCCUGCCCCGUUUCCCAAGAUCUCUUUCUGCAGUGUCACCCUUAUGGUACAAUAUAAAGUCAAUUCUACUUUGUUGUAGGAGAGUUCUCUGAAGUGGGUUUCUUCUCCCACUUGCUCCACAGGCACAGCUGUGUACAUUUCCCUAAGCUUUUCCUUCCACUUGGAGGAGAGCUGAUACCUGCCCAAUGCCAGUCCUGACUAUUCUGCAUUUUCAGGAUGUGUGGGCGCUUCAUCACUAACUUGCUAUUUAUUUACCAGUACAGUCUGGAUGACUCUUUCCUCCCUGCCUUGGGUGUAGCUAGUUGCCUCUCUGUAUGCUUAUUACCAUUGCAUUGGGGUGUAGGGGUAGGUUUAGUUUUUGUUUGUCAUUCAUAGCUUAGGACUUACUAUAACCUGCAGGCCUCCUGAAUGUGCUUCUGAGCAAGGAUAGAAUGCCUCAGUUAUUGCAUAUCUUCGUAAUUCUGUACACACACUCAACUUCACGCCAGCUGAACUCUGUCUCCUCUUCACAAAUUAAGCAGCACAUUGAAAGAAAGCCCAUCCCACAUGGACCCCUUCUUUUCAAACUCUCCUUAAAAACAACCACGAGGGCUAGGAGCUUAAAUACGAAAUGCUCUCAAGUGCAGUUUCUUCACGUUGCCAGGGUAGCUAACGGUAACUAAUUGCAUACUUAGGGGCAGGAUUCUGCUUGUCGUCUUAGCCUGGAUUUCAUCUGCUGCCUUUUCCCAUUCACCAGUGUCUCUUUUUAUCUCCCUCAGUUUCCGCCCGGUGCUUCCAGUCUCCUACGUUGUGUCAGAGCUGGCCUUCGAGAGCGAGGAGGAGUGCCAAGCCUUCCUCGCAGCUCUGUCCCUUGUGUAUACUAGUCCCGACGCCACCAAGAUUGACUGCAAGCAGAGCUUGGCGGUCCUGGCCAAUUUCUGA